AUGCGUGUGCGUGCGGGCGUGUGCGCCGUCCGCCCAUCGCACGCGCGUCAUUUUUUGUUUCUUCUGAAGUACGCGUGCAUGUCCGAAGAAGUUGCGUUCAAGAGAGCCGGUGCGCUCUUCAUCGAGGGUAAGUACCCCGAGGCGAUCAGCGCGUACACCGCAAUAGAAACGGUGAAUGAGGCAACAGUAGAGGUGCGAGCGCGCGCGCUCAACAAUAUCAGUGCGUGCUACGCGGCACUCAAGAACUACGAGAUGUCGAGCAAGGUGGCGCGGGAGGUCAUUGUCCUGCAGCCUAACAAUGCCAAGGCGCACGGCCGCAUCGCAGCCGCCGAAGAGGGCCUAAAACGGUACGACGAGGCCGCCUUUUACUACUCUGCGGCUAGCAGGCUGGAGGCAAACAACCCUGUGUACGUGGCAGGGGCACAACGCUGCCACGCACUCGUGCAGGCCAGCCGCGGAGUGGCCAGUGCGGAGGCGAAGGAUGCCUACUACUACAAGAAGAGCCUUGAGCGCGCCAUGAAGGCGAUGCAGGAGGCGAACUACCUUGAGGCCAUUCGACACUUCGGAAAAGCACUCGAUUUGUUCCCCACUACCGGGACCUCGAGAGAAAAAGCAGCGCUGCUGUGCAAUCGCAGCGCCGCGUACUUCCGUGCUGAGCGCAUUGAGGAGAGCGCUGAUGAUGCGCUGGAGGCUAUCAAAGCAGACGACAAGUACGCCCGCGGUUUUUACCGCCUAGGUGCUGCAAAGACGAAACUCAAGAAGGUCGGCGACGCGUACGAUGCACUGACUACGUGUCUUAAGCUCGAUCCCAAUAAUGCGGACGCAGGAAAGCUCCUCGCCGAAGUCCUGCCAGCGGCGUUGGAGUCACGCAAAACUGCCGAAGAGCGGGCCCGCGACCAUACGCGUCAGGUGACACACAUAGCAGAGCAGCUGAACGCGAUGCAGGCAACCGCCUCGGCAAACACGGCCCCGCAGGCGACGGCACACGGAUCAGCUUAUUCCUACUGUAACUUUUGCAACGAGACUGGACACUCACGGUCAGAGUGCUCUCUCCUGCGGCGCAAGCGCAGCCGUCCGCUCUAA